AUGUCUCUUGUUACCUUCGCAGUUCCCCAGGAGUACGGCUACGUCAUCCUCGCAGCGACCGGCUCCCUCUUCGUGUCGACGUGGCUAGGCAUGCGCGUCGGCUCGUUCCGGCGCGCAGCGGGCGUGCCGUACCCGCACCAGUACGCGACGCAGGAGCAGAUCGCGGCGGCCGAGGGCGACGCCAAGAAGCAGCAGGCGCUGCACCUGUUCAACUGCGCGCAGCGGGGCCACUACAACUUCCUCGAGAACCACACGAGCUUCCUGUUCGCGCUGCUGGCGGUCGGCCUGCGCAAGCCGGUGCCCGCGGCCGUCAUGGGCGGCCUGUGGAGCGUCGGCCGCGUCAUGUACGCCCUCGGCUACACCAAGAAGGACACCAAGAACGGCAUGGGCAGGCUGAUUGGCAGCUGGUCGAUGCUGAUCCAGCUGGCCCUGCAGGGCAUGGCCGGCUGGGAGGGCUACAAGUUGCUUGCGUAG